AUGGAGGCAACCCGGAGUAAAAAAUCGCACAUUGAACGCACAGCAAGCGGCCCGCGUGAUUUACAAAUUCAUUCUGUGACUCUGGAUCAAAUCGGUCAAAUUAAUGAUAACACUCGGCUAUUUCGCCUAGGGAUCAGGGACGAGUCAAGCAUCAAGUUUCUCCCUGGGCAAUGGCUUGAUACUUUCGUUCCCAACAUCCCCAAACCUGGCGGCUUCACCAUCACCAGCCCUCCCUCCAAAGCCAGUCUCCCAACUUCGCCGUACCUCGAGCUUGCGGUGCAGAGAUCAACAAACCCACCGGCCGCUUGGCUUUGGGAGGAGGCAUCCAUCGGAUCAUUGAUCAAAGUUCGCGUGGGCGGCGCCUUCGUCUGGCCCCCGCCGGAUGUCGAUCUCUCAUCUGUUCGUCGAAUUGUCUUUGUGGCCGGCGGCGUCGGCAUCAACCCGUUGAUGAGUAUUUUAAGCCAUCUAUCUGAGAAAAAUUGUCCCUAUGACAUCCACUUCUUAUACUCUGUGAAGGCACCUGAUGAUCUCGACUCUGAGAAGAUUUUGUUUAUGGAACGCCUGGCCACCAUGUAUGGAAGGGGGAAGGUUAGCGGCCGUCUGCAGCUGUUUCUGACUGGCUUGAACAAGCCGGUUGACAGGAACGUCCUAUCGUGUAACGAGAUGGACGUCGGCUUUCGGCCCCAGCGAAUCACUCUGGAGGACAUUUCUACAGCUUUGGGACCAAAGGAGGACCACGGCUCGGCAAUAGUUGGGCUAGACCUUGAAAGCGAUCGGGUACUCUGCGAAAAGUGGUGGUAG